AUGGCAAUUCUGUCAGCCCUCUGGAGGUUUGUUCAAGCCGUGAUACUGCAGUUAGAGCUUGGAACACCAGCAAAGAGCAGACUAAAGCCAGAAGGACGCACGGCCUGUGCCUCUUCAGGUGCUCAUGUAUCCCAAGUCAGCAGUGUUUCAACAACUGGAGAACUCUUAGAAAGAACCAUCAGGUCAGCAGUAGAAGAGCACCUUUUUGAUGUCAACAGUUCUGGAGAUCAAAGUUCAGAGGACUCAGAACCUGGACCAUCAUCAGCAUCUUCUACGCCCACAAGGCAGCGAGGGCAUCAAUUUAAGAAGCAGGAUGAUGUUUGGUAUGGUCAAGACAAGGAGCUCAUCAAUAAGGAGAAUAUUCCCUGUGGCCUCAGCAGCUGUGAAGAGUGUAUUUUGAACAGCCAGGAAGCAGAAAGAUUCCAGGAUGAUAUUUGUGAGUACGUUGGGGAAAGAAGCAAAGCCAAGCGUCAGAAAUCCAGCUCCAGGCUUGCAGAGCUCCGUGAGAACCAUGAUGGGCACCUGAGCACAGAAAGCCUCAGUUCCAUGCAGUCUCAAGAGACAGCUGAACCUGACGCUGUUGAACUGAGAUCUUCUGAGAGCAAAGAAGCGGAAAGAAGCUGGAGAGACACUCAGCACUGUGAGAGCCCCGCGAUGAAGAUUCAGGAGCAUCCCAGUAUAUCUGACACCAAACAACAGAGGAAUCAGGAUGAUGACGACCAGCAGGAGAGCUUUGUCCCAGAUCUGCCACAGUUGGACCUGACAGCAUUGUGUGAUAAGACCUGGGAAGAACCCAUCCCUUCCUGGCAGCAAGAGAAUGCAGAAUCUGAUGAAGCCCGCCUCUCCCCACAGGCUGGGCGCCUGAUUCACCAGCUUCUGGAUGAGGACAGUGACCCCAUGCUGUCCCCCAGGUUCUAUGCCUAUGGGCAGAGCAGGCAGUACCUAGAUGACACAGAAGUGCCUCCUUCUCCCCCCAAUUCCCAUUCUUUCAUGAGGCGGCGAAGCUCCUCCCUUGGGUCCUACGAUGAUGAGCAAGAGGACCUGACGCCUGUGCAGCUCACCAGAAGGAUCCAGACCCUUAAAAAGAAGAUUCGGAAGUUUGAGGAUAGGUUUGAAGAAGAGAGGAAAUACAGACCCUCCCACAGUGACAAGGCAGCCAACCCUGAGGUUCUGAAGUGGACAAAUGACUUGGCCAAAUUCCGGAAACAGCUUAAAGAAACAAAAUUAAAGAUCUCUGAAGAGGACCUCACCCCCAGGACACGGCAACGAAGCAAUACACUCCCCAAGAGUUUCGGUUCCCAGCUAGAAAAAGAAGAUGAGAAGAAGCAAGAACUGGUGGAUAAAGCCAUCAGGCCCAGCGUUGAAGCUACACUGGAAGGGAUACUAAGGAAGCUCCAAGAGAAGCGAAUGGAAUCCAGCCGCCCUGAGGACAUUAAGGAUAUGACCAAGGACCAGAUUGCUAAUGAGAAAGUGGCUCUGCAAAAAGCCCUGCUCUACUACGAAAGUAUCCACGGGCGGCCGGUGACAAAGACUGAGCGUCAGAUUAUGAAGCCACUAUAUGAUCGGUACCGACUGGUCAAACAGAUCCUGUCCCGGGCCAGCACUGUCCCCAUCAUUGGUUCCCCUUCCAGCAAACGGAGAAGCCCUUCGCUGCAGCCAAUUAUUGAGGGUGAAACUGCUUCCUUCUUCAAGGAGAUAAAGGAACAAGAGGAGGGAUCAGAAGAUGACAGCUCCACAAAGCCCGACUUCACUGUCGCUCUGAAAACAGACAGCAGUGCACAUUGCUUUCUGGACCAACUUGAAGAUGAUGCCGAUGGAUUUAUUUCACCAAUGGAUGACAAAAUGCCAUCGAAAUGCAGCCAGGACUCAGGCCUUUCAAACCUCCACUCUGCUUCAAUACCUGAACUCUUGGAAUACCUUCAGGAAAUAAGAGAAGAAAAGAAAAUGAUUCGAAAGAAACUUCAUGAUUUUGAAGACAAUUUUUUCAGACAAAAUGGGAGAAAUGUCCAGAAGGAAGACCGUACUCCAAUGGCUGAAGAAUACAAUGAAUAUAAACACAUAAAGGCGAAGCUACGUUUGCUGGAGGUGCUCAUCAGCAAAAGAGACGCUGAUUCCAAAUCCAUGUGAAAGGCUGGUGGUGUGGCUGACAGUUCUCCCAGGAAAGAACAGCUCUGGAAGGCAGCCUUGGAGCUGUACUUACAAAGCAGGCAAUCCCCUGCCUCUGACCAAUCAGAUUGUCUCCGGCUUCCAUUGCCUGCCUUAGAAACUGCCUGCAUGGAAGAUGCCAGUGUGUCCUGACUACAGGAU